AUGGAGGCAGCUAUGGCUGGAGCUUUUUCGUCCCAGAAGAUCAGCAUGAGCUUAGAAAUGGCCACUGUUCUCGAGUCUGUACCUCCUUCCCCAGAGAGCAAGACACCGGUAAAUCAAAACAAGCAAUCUGCCAAUAUACUCGGCUUUGAUUGGGCAGCUGUGAGAGAAAAGGAGAAAGAGGAAGAUAGAGUCAAUGCGGCUUUGGGAAGACCAGCCAACUGGCGACAAUAUAUAGGAACUGUCAACUCGACGCGACUCAGACUCACACGCGAAGAAGGCAACGUCUCCCUCCCCAUCGAAAGGAAUCGACGAAGCCCCCAAUAG